UUAGUACACUUUGUUUCUUUAACGUUACAAAUAAUACGAAACCCACAACAUAAUUCACAUUCACAUGCCAAAAGCAACAAAAGCUUAGCUUCAAUUUUCCAAACUUCAUGUCCCUUUGUAUGGAUUCUGACUCAGCCGCAAAAAAGAUGAAAGAAGAGUUAGUGGUGCAAGAAGGAUACAUCUUCAAAGAAGAGAUUCAUUACACAGUUCUUAAAACCACUCUUUUCUUUGCCGGUGAUGGUUUCACCGUCUAUGAUUGCAACGGUCAAGUCGCCUUCCGUGUCGACUCAUAUGGACCUGAUUCUCGUGACCUACAUGAGCUGAUUCUCAUGGAUCCCCAAGGCCGUUGCCUCCUCACCGUUCACCGGAAGAGGCCGAGUCUGCAUCAACGGUGGGAAGGCUUUAAAGGUGAAAAAAUGGAAGGUGAUAAACCAACCUUCAGCGUGAAGAGAUCAUCAAUGAUCGGACGACCACGUGCGGGAGUGACAGUGGAGGUGUACGAUAACCCAGGUGAGGAGUACCAUAUCGAAGGGUGUUUCUCUCAACGUGGUUGCAAAGUUUUUAACGCGAUGAAGGAAAUUGUGGCUGAGAUUUAUCGUAAAGUGGACCCCACUACAGGUAAUACGCUUGGGAAGGAAGUGUUCUCUCUUUGUGUUAAGCCUGGUUUUGAUGCUGCUUUUGCAAUGGGAUUUAUUCUCGUCCUUGAUCAUAUCAGCGGUGAUGAUUCCCUUGAUGAUGAUGCAACUGCGGAGUCUUCUGUGCAUCCUACCACAGAAGAUUAAUAAGAUAAAUAAACCAAACAACAAUGCAUUGCAUUACGUUAAUUAUGCUGGGGUUUUGUUUAGUUUAACCCACUAAUCUUUGGAGUGUCCCUUACAAAGGGAGCCACUACGUACCCCUUCUUUUAUGGGUCAUGCCAUUGAGAAAAAAAGCGUUUUAAAUUUCCUAUGCCAUCUUGUAAAUUUUAUUCUAUUCAUAAAAAAAUACACAUGUCUAAAGUUGAGGUUAUCUAAACUUAAAAAUAAAAUUUUAGGCUAUCUAUUUUGCAUUAUAUGCAAUUAUGCAUCA